CAGUCAGCCACAGCCUAGUUUUUUUUUUCUUUCUUUUUUUUUUCUCAAAAAAUUAAAAAUUUCAUCAGAACCAGCAAUGCCACUCAAAGUCGUAGUAGUAGGCGGGGGCAUCGCCGGCCUCGCCAGUGCGACGGCGCUCCGUAGAGCCGGACACAAUGUCACAAUGCUGGAGCGGUCGCAGCGGUUCGACAACGAAGUUGGUGCAGCUAUCCACGUGCCGCCCAACUCGACCCGGCCGCUGAUCGCCUGGGGCUUCGAUGUUGUCCGCGCACGGCUGGUGCGCUUCAAACAUAACCUGUUUGCCGACGGCAAGACUCUUGAAGUACAGUGGCUGGUCGAGAAGGACACCAAGCAGAUUGACAAAGUCUAUGGUGGGCCUUGGAUGGCCGCGCACCGAGUCGACCUGCAUGAGGAGCUGAGGAGGUUGGCAUUCGCUGAGCCCGGGGCCGGAGAUGAGACGUGGGGAACUAUAGAGGUGCGACUUGGCGCUGAGGUUGUUGCAUAUAGCCCAGAGACUCCGUCCGUGACUCUCGCAGACGGACAGGUCGUGUCAGGGGACUUGGUGGUAGUGGCCAACGGCAUUCAUUCAGGGGCGCCGGCAGCCAUAGCGGGACAGACCGUGACGCCCAAGGCGGUGGGCGUGUACAACUUCUGCUACAGGUUUCUCAUUCCAACCGAAGUGCUCAAUAGCGACCCAGAGACCAAGGAUUGGGACAAGGAACGCGGUGACGGUGCCAUGAAUUCGUUUGUCGCCGGUGACAAGAGGCUGGUUUCUUACACAUGUCGAAAGUGGGUUUACCAGGUGGCAGCCGAAAGCAACAAAAGGGGAGAGAAAUGGCUGACUGACUUUGAGUUUUGCAGUAACGAGGUGCACAACUUUGUGGGCCUUUUUAACGAUCCGAGUGCCGGUUUGGGCCAGAGAGAAGACUGGCAUGCUUCCGCAGACAAGUCCAAAGUCUUGGAAACCUUUUCCGAGUUUCACCCGCAGCUCAAGGCCAUCAUAAGCAAGGCCACAGAAUACAAACAAUGGCCGCUGUUAUACCGUGAUCCACUCCCGACCUGGAUCAAAGGCGGCAUGGUUAUGGUGGGCGACGCAUCACAUCCGAUGCUCCCGUUCCAGGGUCAAGGAGGCGCACAGGCCGUAGAGGACGGGGUGGCUCUCGGCAUCUCAAUGGCCGGAGCAACGCCCGAGACAGUCGGCGAGAGGCUGGUGGCGUUCGACAGUGUACGCCGCAAUCGGGCCAGCGCGCUGCAGAUUCUGAGCAACGUCGGGCAGGACGAGGCGCUCAAGGUCAGGGCCGAGGCAGGAAGGUUUGUUCCGAUCGAGACGGUUCCGAAGGGUCCAGAUGAGUUUUAUGACUUUAGUUUUGGGUACAAUGUGGUCAAGGACAUGGUGAACACGAUGAGAAAGACAAUCGAUGCCGAGUUUGAGCUUCCCAAGGGGUUUUUCAUCAAGGAGCCGGUGAUUCCUAAAGAACAAAUGGUAUAGGAUUGGUAAGGUACCUAGUUUAAAUACCUACCUUAGACCUACCUUAGGUAACAAGGAGGUAGGUAAUUAUUUAUGUAUCUAACUAACUUUUGUUAAGCUUUCUUGUCCCUUGCUUGAAGUUGACUUGGCUAAAACUAGACUAGUCAAGAUAUAGACUUUGGAACUAUUUCA